AUGCCCCGUGGAAAGCGCAGGCCCAACCAACACCACAAGUCGACUACGGAUACACUAGCUGGAAAAGGACGUGAUUUAGACAUGUCGGACGAUGAGUCAUAUAAUGAUAAUGCGAGUGUAAUCAGUAAUUUAUCUUGUAGCACAUCGAAUGAAGAACGUUCCUGUGUUGCUAUUGAUGAAACUGAUGAAUCUCAGAAUGAUGCAUUUGAAGAGAAACUAAGUGACGCAAUUGAUGGUUUAUCACAGAAGUCUGCGCAAGGACGUACAUUAAGUUUUGAAGCUGUUUGUAACAUAUUUUGCAAAAAAUAUAUACCCGAUUAUAUUUUAAAUAGGCGUAUGACAAUAACUGAUUCCAUUGAGCGCGCCCUUAAAAAAGGGGGAGAUAAUGAGAAAGCUGCAGCAGCUAAUUUAGCUAGUUUAUUGUGUAUACAAUUAGGUGCAUUGGACUUGGCAGAACAUUCUUGUCAAGAACUAUUACCUAUACUAAUGUUUGUUGUUAAUGAUGAAUCUGUUCCUUUAUUGGCCCGAGAAAAAUGCUGUUUGGCCAUAACAUUACUAACUUUCAUUAGUUGCAAUGAAGAAAUUGAUGCAGCUAUGCAGUUAAUGCGCAAUUUAUGGAGACGUUUAUUACAUUCAACAACUAUUUCUCCGUCGAUAGCAGCCCUAUAUUCGGCAGCAUUAUCUUCUUGGUCUCUCCUGCUGACAACUGUAUCAAUAAGAAAUUCUUCUGCUAUUAUUCCUACUUUAGCAGAAUUGAGUACUCUCUUAGACUCAACACAUCUAGAAGUGAGAAUGGCUACUGGUGAAUUAAUAACGGUUUUGUUAGAAAUGGCACGUGAUUGUGAAGACAUGGAUGAAUAUGAGCCAGAUGAAGAAUUUAUUAAUAAAUUACGUGAACUAGCAACAGAUUCACAAAAAUAUAGAGCUAAAAAAGAUAGGAAAACACAAAGAUCAAACUUCAGACAAAUUCUUCAUUAUGUAGAGUUGGAUGAACCUCCAAAUAUUCAAAUACGUUUUGGUCAAGAAAUAUUAACAAUGAACUCAUGGAUCAUAAAAAAGCAAUAUGAUGUGUUGUGUCAAGCAUUAGGAUCUGGAAUGAACAUGCAUAUGACAGAAAAUGAUCUAAUUCGUGACAUAUUAAGCCUUGGCCCUAAAUUAUGUCAGACGACACUUAUGACUAACAAACAAUCAAAACUCGAAAGGCAACAAAUUAAUGCUGCCAACUUCAAGGUGCGCACAAAAACUAGAGGAAAAGUACGAGACAAAAGAAUAGCUUUUAUUGAUUGA